AUGCUAACAUUCAAAUAUUGCACAUGUAUUUUGUCGAUCUUGUUUGCUUGGAUGAAUACAGUAACGGCUAUUACGACUGCUACUGAACAAGUGAUGGAUGGUUUGGGAAUUAUAAAUUAUCGUAUGAGUACGGUAAAUUUUUUGAAUGUACACGAUCGAAGAUGGAGAAUUACGCAAUUGUAUGUGCCGCUUAAUUAUAAUAUCGAUCGUUUACAAGAGGAAUCAAGGAGGAUUGUUAAUAUGUUGAUUUCAUACAAUACUCACUAUAAAAAUGUUCCUGCAUGUGCGAAUGAUUCCGAAUCAAAAAUGGGAGAUAAAUUACAGAAGAUCAUAGAUGCCAAUAAGCAAGCGGGAAUCGCAGAUAAGAACAAGUUUACAGAGAUUACCAAGGAAUUUUGCGAUGAUUUUCACAGCUUAGUGAAAGAAAUUGUUAAUGAUUGUCAGUCCAGUGACAAAAAAGGACUAGCAAUAAUCGAGAUAGAUCUUGACAAGUUAAACGAUAUGUACGCGGCACUAUUGGCUGUUGUUGAUAGAAGGGUAGAUAAGGAGUUUUUAGGAGAUUUUCAACGUGCAUAUAAUUCGAUUGUAAGUACACUUGAUCUAAUGGAGUACGGUCCAAACGAAGUGAAUCAUGAGAUGCUGGUAAAACGGUUUAAAUAUUUACUCGAGUCAGUAAAACCACAUAUGAAUAUGUUCUACCAUCUAUACAGCGUGAUUUGUGAGAUCAAGGCUAAAAAAGAUGAUAAGACUCGCCAAAAUGGUAUUGAUGAGCGCGUAAAAAGGUAUGAUAGUGUUAUUAAUGAGUUAUCAAAACUUAUAUACAGUGGUAAAAUUGAAGAAGAAGGACAUUCUAUUGCAACAAUCAAACAGUUUAUCAGUUUUUUCAAUGAUCUGCGUAUGACAUUUAGAUUCCUCGAUCAAAACACGUACGUACUUUCAAAUAUAUAUGUUAAUUUGAUCAAAAAGAACAUAGAAACAGCAUAUAUAGCAAAAAUUGCAGAGAAUAAUAAAAACAAUACAGUCUCCAAAAAAUUGAACUAUGAUGAUGCAAAGGCUAAUGAGAAGAAUGAAAUGAAUUUACGUUUAUAUAUGACGGAUCAGAGUAUUAGCAAUACUAGUUCCUGAAUUUAUAAUUCAUACGGGCACAUUGGUUGAUACAACGCGAUAUUUUGAGAAAGAACAGCAUCGCUUUUAUCAUCCAUAGUUAGCACGUGAAGGAAAAUUACGAUUCAUGAAUUAGUUAAUAAACGUAAUUAUUAUCGUUGAUCUUUUAUAAGACUAGCUACGCUAUUUUCGUUCACAAAUAUCAUAAAGAAAGUUCAAUCUUCCAUCAAAUGUUCUUUUCUGCUUGUUAUACCAACUGUGCUAUCCCGUUUUUCAAAAACGGGUGCAUGAAUGGAUAGUAUACCAAAAUAGCG